AUGGCGUACCUGCUGAGGUUCCACAGGAAUCCUCAGCAGUAUAAUCCACCUAGACAGAGGAGAGAGAGGACUUUUCGAAGAGAAGUAUUUGACUUUGACGGCUAUACUGAUUCUGAACUGCGUGCAAGGUUUCGUUUUGGCAGAGAAGACCCUAGGGAGAAGGCCACGAUCCGCCGUGGGUUUUUUAGGAUUGCCAGAUUCCCUGGGGUCAUCGGCUGUUUGGACGGAACACACAUUAGGAUAACGGCGCCCACGUUGAAUGAGCCUGCAUUCGUAAAUAGAAAAAACUACCACAGUUUGAAUGUCCAGGCUAUAUGUGACCACAAAGGUAGAUUUACAAAUAUCGUUGCCCAGUGGCCUGGUAGUGUCCAUGAUGCCCAUAUCUUUUCCACAUCAGCGGUUGGGCGUCACCUAAAUCAAAACCAGCAACCAGAGGAUGGGGUCCUCCUAGGCGAUAGUGGUUAUGCCUGCAGGCCAUAUUUAAUGACACCAUAUCUUCACCCUGUAGGGAGAGCCCAAAGGAGGUUUAAUAGGGCCCACAGGAGCACAAGAAAUCUCAUAGAGCGAGUGUUUGGCAUGUGGAAAAAGAGAUUUGGUUGCCUAAAUAUAGGAUUCAGGAUGGCCCCAGCUAGAGUGAGUACCAUAGUUGGAGCAUGCGCCGUCCUCCACAACAUUGCAAUAAACUUGAAGGAGCCCAUUCCUGACAAUGUACAAGUGCCUGCAGACAAUGGUGACAUGGGGGUGCAGUAUCAAGGACCCCAAGAUGGUCGUGCAGUCAGGGAUCAUCUUGCUUCAACAUAUUUUGCAUGA